AUGUUCAACAGUGGAUUGCUCGCAUUUAGCGGCCAACUAUGGCUUGCUACACUUGCUCUUACCCAGGUCACGUCGCCAGCAUCGUCAUGUUUCCCUGUUACCUCAACAUUCCGCCACAUUGAUCUUGGGAUCAAUUCAGAUCUGGUGGCGUCCUCGUCCUUCAAAUCGUCGAUGGAUGCAAAGUAUAAUACGCCUGCAACACCUACUCCUGUCGCAAUUUAUACCGCCUCCACCGUUAUCGGUACCAGGACCUUGAGGGCAACGGGAUAUUACGACUACAAUCCCCUGACGUCUGAAGGGUUUGAGAUUUAUACGUCUAUCAUUGAGACUACCUCUUGCUCCGCACUGACGACCCCUACCUUGCCUCCUUCUCCAACUGGAUCUAUUUGCAGCCCCCAUGGUGAUCACUGGCAUUGUGAACCAUCACCUACACCGAGCCAGUCAGAUACACCACCAGACACCUCGGCUCCAGCAGAAACGUGUAGUCCUCAUGGUGACCAUUGGCACUGCCCGCCGGGCGUCCCUGAACCUACAACGCCCCCACCACAGGAGACCACUCCCGGGGAGACAAGUGCCGUAGGAACAUGCUCUCCCCAUGGCGACCAUUGGCACUGCCCGCCUGGCGUCCCCGAACCUACAACACCCCCACCGCAAGAGACUACUGUUCCACCACAGGAAACCUGCAGUCCUCACGGAGACCAUUGGCACUGCCCACCUGGUGUUCCUGAACCUACAACACCCCCGCCACAGGACACUACUGUUCCACCACAAGAGACAUGCUCUCCCCAUGGUGACCAUUGGCACUGCCCGCCUGGCGUCCCCGAACCUACGUCGCCGCCACCCAAUCCCACCACACUCGUGACGAGCUCCCGACCCGAUACGACUGCACCUGCAGUUGUUGUCACGGCUGCUGCAGAGAAGGGCCGCGGCCUUUCAAUUGCAGCUUUGUUUUCUAUCCUCGCGUUCGCCGCCAUUCUUCUCGUCUAA